UCGUCCACGAACCUCUUGUUCGGCGGCACACCCCUUUGUCCGAGUGAACCCGCGCGCGCCGCUAAUUAGCUCUGCCCGGCGGGGGAGGCAGUUCUAGAGACGGCCACUCGCGGCGCCACAGGCCCGCCAUGAAGGAGAAGAGCAAGAACGCGGCGCGCAGCCGGCGCGAGAAGGAGAACGCCGAGUUCCUGGAGCUGGCCAAGCUGCUGCCGCUGCCCUCGGCCAUCACGAGCCAGCUGGACAAGGCGUCCAUCAUCCGCCUCACCACCAGCUACCUCAAGAUGAGGCACGUCUUCCCGGACGGCCUGGGGGACGCGUGGGGGGCCGCCCCGCCGCCCGUCAACCCUCAGGAGUCCAUCAAGGAGCUGGGUUCGCACCUCCUGCAGACUCUGGACGGCUUCAUCUUCGUGGUGGCGCCCGACGGCAAGAUCAUGUACAUCUCGGAGACGGCGUCCGUGCACCUCGGGCUGUCUCAGGUGGAGCUGACGGGCAACAGCAUCUACGAGUACAUCCACCCGGCCGACCACGACGAGAUGACGUCAGUGCUGUCCAACCCGCAGCCGGUGUACUCGCACAACCACCUGCUGCACGCAGGCUGCAUGGACGGCGACGGAGACAGCAUAGUGUGCUCCAUGUGCUCGUGUCCCGAGUUCGAGUUCGAGAAGGCCUUCUUCCUGCGCAUGAAGUGCGUGCUGGCCAAGAGGAACGCAGGCCUCACCACGGCCGGCUACAAGGUGAUCCACUGCUCGGGCUACCUCAAGGUGAAGCAGUUCUCGCUGGACGGCUCGCCCUACGACAGCUGCUACCAGAACGUGGGGCUGGUCGCCGUGGGGCACUCCCUGCCGCCGUCCGCCAUCACCGAGAUCAAGCUGCACUGCAACAUGUUCAUGUUCCGCGCCUCGCUCGACCUCAAGCUCAUCUUCCUGGACGCCAGGGUGGCGCAGCUGACGGGAUACGAGCCGCAGGACCUCAUAGAGAAGACGCUGUACCACUACAUCCACGGCUGCGACAUGAUGCACAUGAGGUUCGCCCACCACACGCUGCUGUACAAGGGCCAGGUGACCACCAAGUACUUCCGCUUCCUGACCAAGGAGGGCGGCUGGGUGUGGAUGCAGAGCUACGCCACCAUCGUGCACAACAGUCGCUCCUCGCGGCCGCACUGCAUCGUCAGCGUCAACUACGUGCUCAGCGAGCUGGAGGCGAAGGAGCUGGUGCUGAACGUGGAGCAGUUCGCCGGCCGCGAGGACGCGCCGGUCGCCGCAGCAGCAGCCGCAGCAGCAGCAGCAGCAGCAGCAGCAGCGGAGCCGCAGCAGCAGCAGCAGCACGCCGCCAAGCACCGCGCCUCGCCGCCGCCGCGCCCCGCCAAGUACCGCGCCCAGCCGCCGCCAGUCCUCGAGGACGAGUACAGCGACUCCAGCGGCGGCCUCAACAGCUACGCCGACUACCCGGCCGUCGCCUCGCAGUUCCUGCAGAGCUACUCGGAGGAGACGGGCGUGUACUACCCCGACCUGUUCUACUCGUACGCCGACCCCCUGGCGAGCGCGCAGCGACCCUUCAGCUCCUCCUCCAGCAGCUGCAGCAGCUCCGAGAGCGACCCGCAGCAGGCCGGCCUGCCGCCGCUCCACUCCGUCUUCUGCGGCGACCCGCCCCCGCAGCAGCAGCACUUUGACCUGGCGUGCGGCUUCAACAACAACCACCAGCACCACCAGGCCGCGGCGGCCUUCCACCACCACCAGCCACCGCCCGCCGCCGCCGCCGCCGGCUACACCAGCGUCAUCGUCGACAACACGCAGCAGUACCAGCUGGCCAACGAGUUCGUGCACUGACGCGCGGGGCGCGGGGGCGGUCGCGCUGCCGCCCCCAAGCAGCCGUAGCUGUCUCCCUCCCCCGAGCCCUCCGGCCUUCGGCAGUGACCUCCGGUUGAACGACUCUCACAGACCUUCCCCAGACACCUGCAACAAGUCGAGCAAGUCCAGCAGUAAGCACCAUCGGCGUGUGUUCUUCCAGAAAUAUUUCCAGCCGAAGUACUCUGGCGUCACCAGCACAAGGGGCAGAUUACGGAGGGACAGCCGAAGUACUCUGGCGUCACCAGCACAAGGGACAGACUACGGAGGGACAGCCGAAGUACUCUGGCGUCACCAGCACAAGGGGCAGACUACGGAGGGACAGCCGAAGUACUCUGGCGUCACCAGCACAAGGGACAGACUAUGGAGGGACAGCCGAAGUACUCUGGCGUCACCAGCACAAGGGGCAGACUAUGGAGGGACAGCCGAAGUACUCUGGCGUCACCAGCACAAGGGGCAGACUACGGAGGGACAGCCGAAGUACUCUGGCGUCACCAGCACAAGGGGCAGACUAUGGAGGGACAGCCGAAGUACUCUGGCGUCACCAGCACAAGGGGCAGACUAUGGAGGGACAGCCGAAGUACUCUGGCGUCACCAGCACAAGGGGCAGACUAUGGAGGGACAGCCGAAGUACUCUGGCGUCACCAGCACAAGGGGCAGACUAUGGAGGGACAGCCGAAGUACUCUGGCGUCACCAGCACAAGGGGCAGACUACGGAGGGACAGCCGAAGUACUCUGGCGUCACCAGCACAAGGGGCAGACUAUGGAGGGACAGCCGAAGUACUCUGGCGUCACCAGCACAAGGGGCAGACUAUGGAGGGACAGCCGAAGUACUCUGGCGUCACCAGCACAAGGGGCAGACUAUGGAGGGACAGCCGAAGUACUCUGGCGUCACCAGCACAAGGGGCAGACUAUGGAGGGACAGCCGAAGUACUCUGGCGUCACCAGCACAAGGGGCAGACUAUGGAGGGACAGCCGAAGUACUCUGGCGUCACCAGCACAAGGGGCAGACUACGGAGGGACAGCCGAAGUACUCUGGCGUCACCAGCACAAGGGGCAGACUACGGAGGGACAGCCGAAGUACUCUGGCGUCACCAGCACAAGGGGCAGACUACGGAGGGACAGCCGAAGUACUCUGGCGUCACCAGCACAAGGGGCAGACUACGGAGGGACAGCCGAAGUACUCUGGCGUCACCAGCACAAGGGGCAGACUACGGAGGGACAGCCGAAGUACUCUGGCGUCACCAGCACAAGGGGCAGACUACGGAGGGACAGCCGAAGUACUCUGGCGUCACCAGCACAAGGGGCAGACUACGGAGGGACAGCCGAAGUACUCUGGCGUCACCAGCACAAGGGGCAGACUAUGGAGGGACAGCCGAAGUACUCUGGCGUCACCAGCACAAGGGGCAGACUAUGGAGGGACAGCCGAAGUACUCUGGCGUCACCAGCACAAGGGACAGACUAUGGAGGGACAGCCGAAGUACUCUGGCGUCACCAGCACAAGGGGCAGACUAUGGAGGGACAGCCGAAGUACUCUGGCGUCACCAGCACAAGGGGCAGACUAUGGAGGGACAGCCGAAGUACUCUGGCGUCACCAGCACAAGGGACAGACUACGGAGGGACAGCCGAAGUACUCUGGCGUCACCAGCACAAGGGGCAGACUAUGGAGGGACAGCCGAAGUACUCUGGCGUCACCAGCACAAGGGGCAGACUAUGGAGGGACAGCCGAAGUACUCUGGCGUCACCAGCACAAGGGGCAGACUAUGGAGGGACAGCCGAAGUACUCUGGCGUCACCAGAACAAGGGACAGACUAUGGAGGGACAGCCGAAGUACUCUGGCGUCACCAGCACAAGGGGCAGACUAUGGAGGGACAGCCGAAGUACUCUGGCGUCACCAGCACAAGGGACAGACUAUGGAGGGACAGCCGAAGUACUCUGGCGUCACCAGCACAAGGGGCAGACUAUGGAGGGACAGCCGAAGUACUCUGGCGUCACCAGCACAAGGGACAGACUACGGAGGGACAGCCGAAGUACUCUGGCGUCACCAGCACAAGGGGCAGACUAUGGAGGGACAGCCGAAGUACUCUGGCGUCACCAGCACAAGGGACAGACUACGGAGGGACAGCCGAAGUACUCUGGCGUCACCAGCACAAGGGGCAGACUACGGAGGGACAGCCGAAGUACUCUGGCGUCACCAGCACAAGGGGCAGACUAUGGAGGGACAGCCGAAGUACUCUGGCGUCACCAGCACAAGGGGCAGACUAUGGAGGGACAGCCGAAGUACUCUGGCGUCACCAGCACAAGGGGCAGACUAUGGAGGGACAGCCGAAGUACUCUGGCGUCACCAGCACAAGGGGCAGACUACGGAGGGACAGCCGAAGUACUCUGGCGUCACCAGCACAAGGGGCAGACUAUGGAGGGACAGCCGAAGUACUCUGGCGUCACCAGCACAAGGGACAGACUAUGGAGGGACAGCCGAAGUACUCUGGCGUCACCAGCACAAGGGACAGACUAUGGAGGGACAGCCGAAGUACUCUGGCGUCACCAGCACAAGGGGCAGACUAUGGAGGGACAGCCGAAGUACUCUGGCGUCACCAGCACAAGGGACAGACUAUGGAUGGACAGCCGAAGUACUCUGGCGUCACCAGCACAAGGGGCAGACUAUGGAGGGACAGCCGAAGUACUCUGGCGUCACCAGCACAAGGGACAGACUAUGGAGGGACAGCCGAAGUACUCUGGCGUCACCAGAACAAGGGACAGACUAUGGAGGGACAGCCGAAGUACUCUGGCGUCACCAGCACAAGGGGCAGACUAUGGAGGGACAGCCGAAGUACUCUGGCGUCACCAGCACAAGGGACAGACUAUGGAGGGACAGCCGAAGUACUCUGGCGUCACCAGAACAAGGGACAGACUAUGGAGGGACAGCCGAAGUACUCUGGCGUCACCAGCACAAGGGGCAGACUAUGGAGGGACAGCCGAAGUACUCUGGCGUCACCAGCACAAGGGGCAGACUAUGGAGGGACAGCCGAAGUACUCUGGCGUCACCAGCACAAGGGACAGACUAUGGAGGGACAGCCGAAGUACUCUGGCGUCACCAGCACAAGGGACAGACUAUGGAGGGACAGCCGAAGUACUCUGGCGUCACCAGCACAAGGGACAGACUACGGAGGGACAGCCGAAGACUGGCGACGUCGAACUCGAGGUCACGCAUCCCUGUUCUGGGGCCCCGCGAGAGAUACCGCAACUCCCAGGGGUGGCGCUGAAGCCAGCCGACCGCCGCGGACCUGUUGCGGAGGACUCAACCCCGCGACGAUCCAUUUGACAACAGCGCGUUUUGAAAGCAGCGUUCGUUCCGCCGGGCAUCAUCGUGUCCAAAGAAGGACCACUGACAAAAUUACGCGGUGCAUUCGUAAACCAUCGGCGGACGUAAUUCUUGCUGUGUCAUUUUGUAUACGAAUAAGUUCACUCGCCGCUGUUAGAAUGGACCUGGAAUACCGCGCGAGCGAACUUCAACGGCACGGAUCAGCUGUCUGUGGUGGUCGUGUUUCUGAUCCAGGCACAGGCCAGCACGAGUAAAAGUUCGGUUCUCAGAGAAUUGGAGGGUUUGAAAUGCAUCCAUCGUAACUUCAACCACGUUUCGUGUUCGCGUAGAACAUCAUUUUACUGGCAUUUGUAUGCAGUCUCGAGUGUCGAGCAAUUCAAAGAUAAGGUAAAAAAAAAUGUUUGUCCUAUUUGCAGUUACCCUGUCUAUUAAGUAUGAAAUUUAUAUGAAAGAUUAAGUUGAAACAUAAAUAUAUUACACAUAAAAAAGAAAACAGACUAGAAAUUCUUCACUAAAUUUCAUUCAAACCUACAUGUUCGUCAAACUGUCGAUAACAUUGUAGAAGUUUCUAGUUUACUUUUAAAUAAUGUAUUUAGACUUUUCCGAUUCCACUUAAAAAUUAGAAAUAAGCAUAGUUAAAUUGCAAACAUAUUCCACUGUAAAAUUUAUAAUCAAAUUUUGGAAGUUAAAUAUUAAUACAUAUUAAAUUAGGCUUUAAAAACCGCUUAUUUGUAAAAUUAUUACUAUGGAACUUCCAUGAAUUUAUUUAACAAUAGUGAAUAUCAUUCACUUCAGUUUAACUAAUUUAUGUAAAAUAAAAUUGUUAAAUGAUAUGGUAGGCAUACCCAAAAAAAAAAUCAGAAAAACCCUCCGAUAUCUCUGAAAAUCACAGUUUUUACAAGUGUAUCUCAAAAAAAAAUUCUGACUAUCCAGUGUCUUGGACAGUGUUUUAACAAAAGAUUUAUUUUACAGUUGAAGAAUAAAAUUUUUCAUUGCAGUUUGUGAAACUGGACACGAUUAACACUUUGCAACCAAAGAAUAUUUCCUCUAAAGAAAUCUACAUGUGUAUACCAAAGAGGUAAAGAUUUGACCUCAUAUUUUUUUCUUUCUAUUUUUAAGGUGAAAACCGUGUGAUGUAUCGAGAGUGUAAAAUAUUUUGUAAAAAAUUUAAUUAAUUCGAAAUGUUGUAAUUUAAUGUAUUAUAUAUGCUUGAAACAGAAGGUUUUAUGAGUAUUGUUAUAUCAUAAAAUAUGUGUGAUUUUAUUAAUGUACCUAUAGUAGGCCUACUUUAAGGACAGAUUUUCAGAGAAUUGUUAUAUAUAUUUUUCAUAUGCAAAGUAGCUUGCAAACUGAUCAGUCUGUUCGAAAAGGCCAAUUAUAAUUUUUUUUUCAGGCGAUUAGAAAAAAUUAAUUCGAGAACCUUGCAAGAGAGAGGCAGCUCCAUUGUUACCAAAUUGUGGGAAAUUAAAUUAAACUGUACUUAAAAAAAUAUUCCUCGUGUAUUAAAAAUUUUUCGCACUGUAAGGUCAGGACCUUUUAAACUAUUAUUAUGGAAUAGUAUCAACCUUUACUAGAGUGCGAAAUGGAUUUACAAAAUUUGAAACUGCCUCCCUUUUGCACCAAUCUGUGAUAAAAAAUACUUAAAAUAAAAUAUAUAACUUGUAUAAUAGUGUGGAAACAUGUGGAUAAAUAAAGUAACAUAUUACUCUACAUAA